GAUGAUUACAUACAAAGAAGCCGGAAGUAGUUCAAGUGCACCCAACAGUCCAAAGUGCUCACCGCGCGACACGUUAUUUUACGCUGGUGACGUCGCUGUCUCAUCCUACGUAUUCCCUGUUGGUUCGUGCAGGCUGGAGCGCGGGAACAAGUAGCAGCGUCGAUGUGAGGGUAAAAGUUUUGGGAAAUUAAAUAAUCUAAUCAAACUAUGGAUGCCUCGGAGGUAGAGUUCCUCGCCGAGAAGGAGACGGUGACGAUAAUACCGAAUUUCAGUUUAGACAAGAUCUAUUUGAUCGGGGGCGACCUGGGUCCCUUCAACCCUUCACUGCCUGUCGAUGUUCCCGUGUGGCUGGCCCUUAACUUGAAACAAAGACAGAAAUGUAGAAUUGUUCCUCCUGCGUGGAUGGAUGUCGAGAAACUUGAGGAGAUACGAGAUCUUGAGAGGAAAGAGGACACCUUUACGCCUGUUCCCAGUCCCUACUACAUGGAGCUGACCAAACUGCUACUCAACUAUGCGUCUGACAACAUCCCUAAAGCAGAUGAGAUCCGCACGCUGGUCAAAGACAUUUGGGACACGCGUAUCGCCAAACUCCGCCUCUCCGCCGACAGCUUCAUCAGUCAGCUGGAGGCGCAUGCCAAGCUGGACAACCUGACUCUGAUGGAGAUCAACACCAUACGAACGUUCCUUCUUGACUCUCUCAACUGCAUGUACAAACUACGUUCCAAUCUGCAGCCUGGUUCAAGUAAAGGACAGUUCAAGGACUUUUGAUCCAAGAGAUUUAAAGUCUGCUGCACAGGUUUGGAUCUCGUCUCAAGAUCCAAAGCUUUGGACUGAGGGUUGGACUUUCUCACCAGGGCCUUCAUGCCCCAGAAAUUGAAUUCACAGGAUUUAUGACGACGGCUGAUUGAAGCUAACUGAGCUUUACUCGGCUCUUUCAAGGGGUUAUAUUUUUUGUGUGUUACUACAUGUAUAUGAAAAGCAUCCAGGCUUAAUAUGUAUCUGCUGUUUGAAAUGUGUGCAUAUUUAUUUUUAAUGAAUUAAUUAGGAUGCUCAAUGUAGUUUAAAACUGCCACCAUUUUUGUAUAUGUCAAAAAUAAAUGUAUUGUGUGUAUUUCUAGGGUAUAAAAUAUCAUUUCUUUUUACUGGACUAAACAAAAGACAUUUGAAGAAGUCCGUGUGGCCAUUUUUCUGGACAUUUCAUAGAGAACUUUUCCUAAAGGUGUUGCUGCUAUAUUAAAAAUAAGGAAACUGAA